AUGUCUGCUGAACAAGCCCCAGUUGAAGUCCCUGCCGACGCUGCUCCAGUUGCUGAGGCUGCGCCAGCCGAGCCAACUGUCUAUUACACGUUGGAGUCAUGUGAUGGAGAUGAAGUGAAGAUCUCGUCUGAGGCCGUCAAACAAUCGAAAACUCUCAAUGAUCUUGUGUCAAAUCUUCAUGGAGGAGCUGAAAUGAAUGAGUCUAUUCCAAUGGACAACAUCAAAAAACCCGCUCUCGUCAAAGUUGUCGAAUUUUGUGAGCAUCACAAAGGGGAGCCGAUCCCAGUUGACGACGACACUGUCCCAAAGAAUGUGACUAUCCCAGAAUGGGACGAGGAGUUCCUCAAGAUCGAUAAUGAUGAGCUCUUCCAUCUGAUUCUUGCUGCCAACUAUUUGGAUAUCAAGCAACUCAUGAACUAUGCUUGCAAGAAAGUUGCUCUUAUGGCCAAGGGAAAGUCUCCAGAAGAGCUUCGUGUCAUCUACGGCAUUCCAACUGACGAGGAAGAUGAGGCUGCUGAGAAGGCUGCUGCUGAGAAGAAGAAGGCCAAGGAGGCUGAAAAAGCUGCUGCUGCUGCUGCUGGAGAGGCCGGACCAUCUGCUGCCGGAGCUGAAGCUGCUGCUGGUGCCGGGGAUGCUGCUGCUGCUAGCUGA